UUUCCUACUUCUCUGAGGCUGAAUUUUAAGCUUUGCCCCGCCCACUCCGUUGAAACGUGUGUUGCCUGUUUGCAGCAUGGCUUCUUCUGCUAAGAGGAGAGCAGUAGGUUUGGGUGAAAAUCCCGAGGAAAGCGAAAACAGCUCCGAUGAUAAUCCGGAGGAGGAGGAUGAUUCCGGGGAGGAGGACAGCGAGGCAUCAGAGGAGGAUAUCAAUGAAGAGGUCAUUGUGGACUUUGAAGCCCACACCAUUUCAGCCAACGACUUCAAUGGCGUCAAGAAACUCUUACAACAGGUCUUCCUGAAGGCUCAUGUAAAUACUUCAGAGAUGACGGACAUCAUCAUUCAACAGAAUCACGUUGGAAGUGUCAUCAAGCAAGCGGAGGUGCCAGAAGAUAGCGAUGACGAUGACCCAGAUGAAGUGUUUGGCUUCAUCACUAUGCUCAACCUUACAGAGAGAAAGGGUGUGCAAUGUGUGGAGGAGGUGAAGGAGCUUAUCGUGGAUCAGUGUGAGAAGAACUCCACCCACAGUAUGACAGAACAGCUCGAGCAGAUCCUCAGUGACACCAGCAAGCCUGUGGGGCUACUGCUGAGUGAGCGCUUCAUCAAUGUGCCUCCACAGAUCGCCCUCCCACUGCAUAAACAGCUCCAGGAAGAAAUAGCUGAAGCUCAGAGGACGAAUAAGCCCAGUGGGAAGUGUCACUAUUGUCUGAUGAUCAGCAAGACCUGCAAAGAGGCAAGCAAGAGUAUUCCAGCCAAAGGAGGAGCUCCCAAAGAGGAAUACAUGUUUGUCAAUGCAGAGGAGGAAUUCUUCUAUGAGCAAGCCAUCAUGAAGUUCCACUACUCGGUCCAGGAAGAGGCAGACUCCUGCUUGAGCGGCAGGUGGUCGUUCGACGAUGUUCCCAUGAAACCUUUCAGGACAGUCAUGCUGAUACCAACAGACCGAAUGUCUGCCAUUAUGGACAAACUCAAAGAAUACCUAACGGUGUGAACCUCACAAUAAACUUAUACACACAUUGAAGACCUUCAGGCUGGUUCACUAUAAUCUUAAGAGACUCUAGAGGACAAUGUUUUGGUACUGUCGGCAACAGUAGUGCCAGUAUUGUAAACCAGACAUUUACUCUGUUGCGCAGUGAUGGUUUUUUUUCCCAGCAAUUUUAGAGAUGCAGAUUGUACAAAUUCUUGGUUCCCUUUUAAGAUACAAUGCAGAGGAAAAUCACCACAUACCCUGCAGAAAUAUACAACGGUUAUAUUAGGUGAAAAUGAAUAGACAUAGAGCACUAAAUCAUGUUUUUGUAAAAGACUUGUUUAUAACAAGAUUAUGAACCAAGACAAUUGAAUAUGCAAAAUCUUUUGUGUUAAUGACAACAGCUGAUAUGUAAGCUAGUCCAGUCUCGGAAGGAGGAAGGGAUGUGUCAUUUGCCAUCAAGUCAAAAUACUGAAUUUUUACAUUUUUAUAGCAGAUCCAGAUUUUCCUUGAUGACGUGUCUUGGUAGAAAGCUGAUUCUCACAAAUUUGGAUUGUUGCCAUGAAAUCGAACAUACAGUAGUCAUUUGUGUAAACAUGAGCAGAAUGUUGAAUGGAAUUUAUUUGUGCCGAAGCACCAUUCUACCGAGGGUUUUCUAAUCAAGCAUUUCUGUAGAUGUCCUGCCACUGAUUGUCAAUAAAUGCAUUAUAUAGCUGCA